AUGACGAGCAGCAGUGAUCAUGAUAUAAUAUUGGCAGAGAGCAGCAAUGUAGAAACAAGCCAAGAUGAUGUUCCUUUGCAGCGUCAGCUCACAGGAAAUGAACUUUCUUGUCAUAACUUAAAACGAUAUGACUCAUUAGAUUUGGAAUCCAGCCGUGUACCCCACGCAAAAAAGGCAGCAAAAUGGUCAGUGAUAUUGCAACUGGCGUUUCAGAGCAUAGGGGUGGUGUAUGGUGAUAUUGGAACGUCGCCGUUGUAUGUUUACUCAAGCACAUUUCUUAAUGGGAUUAAACACGAAGAUGAUAUACUUGGCGUACUUUCUCUCAUAUUUUACACUAUCACCUUCAUUCCUCUCAUGAAGUAUGUUUUCAUUGUUCUCAGAGCUAAUGACAAUGGAGAUGGAGGAACAUUUGCGAUAUAUUCUUUGAUAUGCCGAUAUGCUAAGGUGGGAUUAGUUCCAAGUCAAGAGGCAGAAGACAGAAAUGUGUCGACUUUCAAACUUGAGUUGCCAGAUAAUCGCACAAGUCGAGCUUCAAAACUGAAAUUGAUGCUUGAAAACAGUACAUUUGCAAAGUUCUUUAUGCUCUUUGCCACAAUGCUUGGUACUUCUAUGGUUAUUGGGGAUGGUGUCCUCACUCCCUGCAUCUCAGUUUUAUCUGCUGUUGGAGGAAUUAAAGAAGCAGCUCCCAAAGCCAUGACCGAAGAAAGGAUUGUCUGGAUUUCAAUUGCUAUCCUGGUCUUGCUGUUUACGUUUCAAAGAUUUGGAACUGACAAAGUUGGCUACACAUUUGCACCAAUAAUUUGUGUGUGGUUGUCACUCAUUGCUGGUAUUGGAGUUUACAACCUGGUAAAGCAUGAUACAAGUGUUGUCAAAGCUAUUGAUCCUAAAUACAUCAUAGACUACUUCAAGAGAAAUAAAAAGGAUGCUUGGAUUUCUCUUGGCGGGGUUGUUCUUUCAGUUACAGGAACGGAGGCACUAUUUGCAGACGUUGGUCAUUUUACUGUUCAGUCUAUACAAAUAAGCAUGUGCUGUGUCACAUACCCAGCGCUCAUAUUAGCUUACACUGGUCAAGCCUCCUUUUUAAGGAAGAACGCAGAUGACGUUUCUGAUACUUUUUUCAAGUCUAUACCUCAUGGCAUAUAUUGGCCAAUGUAUGUAGUGGCAGUGUUUGCAGCUAUCGUUGCAAGUCAAGCCAUGAUUUCUGGGACUUUCUCUAUAAUCCAGCAAUCGCUCGCAUUAGGAUGCUUUCCUCGCGUUAAAAUUGCGCAUACAUCAACCAAACAUCAAGGGCAAGUCUAUAUCCCUGAAGUCAAUUACCUUCUCAUGUUGGCUUGUGUUGCUGUUACUCUCGGAUUCAGGACUACUGCAAAAAUUGGCAACGCUUAUGGAAUAGCAGUGGUGUUUGUGAUGACAUUAACAUCAUCCUUCCUCAUACUAGUCAUAAUUAUGAUCUGGAAAACUCACAUUCUUUUUAUAAUCGCAUAUGCUCUAAUCAUUGGAACGGUUGAGCUUGUGUACCUAAGUUCUGUCCUUUACAAGUUUGAUCAAGGCGGCUAUCUUCCACUGGCUUUUGCUAUGUUCCUAAUGUUUAUCAUGUCAGUAUGGAAUUAUAUGUAUCGAAAGAAAUACUACUUCGAGUUAGAUCACAAGAUUUCUCCUGAGAAAGUUAAGGCAAUAGUGGACGAAACAAGUUUCAAUCGACUACCCGGACUUGCUAUUUUCUAUUCAGAACUUGUUCAUGGAAUUCCACCAAUUUUCAAGCAUUAUGUAGCGAAUGUGCCGUGUUUACACUCUGUUCUUGUGUUUGUUUCAUUCAAAUCACUUCCCAUCAGCAAAAUUCCAGUAGAAGAAAGAUUCCUCUUCUGUUGGGUACAGCCAUCUGAUCUCUACGUGUUUCGCUGUGUGGUACGUUAUGGAUACAAUGAUGUGCGUAACGAGCAAGAGGACUUCGAGAAAAUAUUGGUGGAGAGGCUCAAAGAGUUCAUACGAGAAUAUUGCUUGUUUUCAAUUGCAAUAAAAAGUCACAGACUAUCCACUGAAAAAAUCAAACAAUUAGAGGAUGAUUUAUGCAUUAACGUUGGUUCAAUGAAGUCCGAGGAGGAAGAUUCAAUUGGAAAACAAGUCGAAAAAGAAGAGAAUUUUGCUACAUUAGUGGAAAAAGAAAUAGAAGUACUAGAGAGAGCAAAGAAAGUGAUAAUAAAUUAUGCUUACAACUUCUUGAAGAAGAACCUCAGGCAAAGUAACAAGAUUUUUGACAUCCCUCACAAGCGUAUGCUAAAAGUUGGAAUGAUAUAUGAGCUUUAAGUUAUAAUAACUGUAUUUAUCUGUCUAGAAUAAUUGUCCUGGAGUUUGGUGAUUCUAUGAAAGAAUAAGGGGUAGCCCAUUUUU